AUAUUCAUAGUUAUGCUUGACGGAGUGUAUUGUAUUUUUGCGAUUAUGAUCUAAUAUAACCUAAUUCGUAUACCUGUCGAUUGACGGUAGGUUAAACAUUAUAUAUAAAAUUGAAAAAAAUUCGUAUCUAUGUUGCAGACAAUUUUUCGUAGCUGCUAAAUAAAGAUAUGUCAUUCGACUGCCUCUCGUGAAACACGAUUCGAUAAAGUGUCGCAAUAUGUUCCCCAAACUUUUUCGUUGUCUCAUCAACGAUCUUCUAAUUCCGAGAAAUCAACAUGUGCGACAUGGUCAUCGGUUACGUGGAAAACCGCCGACACUCGCUCGUAAUUUGCAGCAACGUCUCGAGAAAUUGCGUCUCAAACGAGAGGAUCCGAAUGUGAAUUUCAAGGUGGACAUCGGCUUUCCAGUGUCGAAAGUCACCAGACGAAUGAUAUCGGGCAUGUGGUCGAAGGAGAUCUUGGAGCUUAGAAAAAAUCCUGAAUUAGAAAGAGCUUCGCGUAACAAGAAACUGUUGAUAGAUCUACAAAAAAUGCGAAAGGACUGGUUACAAAUCGAUGGACCUUUUCACAUUCACAGAAUAGCAGAACAUUACGGCAUCUAUAAACAUCUAUAUGAAGAUGCUUACUUCAUGCCAACUGUUCCAUUAGAUAUAAGUUAUGAACUUGAAAAUGAUCAAUUGACAAGAGUUUACAAUGGUAAUGUGAUCAAGCCAAGCGAAGCUUCUAAUGUACCUAAUGUGAAGUAUAACGCAAAGGCUGGAUCAUUGUGGACUCUAAUAAUGACUACACCGGAUGGUAAUUUGAACACAUGUAAUGAAUAUUGUCAUUGGUUUAUUGGCAACAUUCCUGGCAAUCGUGUGGAAGAAGGAGAAGAGCUGAUAGAUUAUCUAAGACCAAUAGCACCAUAUGGAAUUGGAUAUUGUAGAUAUAUCUUUGUAUUGUACAAACAAGACUGUCACAUAGAUUUCUCAGGAUAUAAAAAAACAAAGCCCUGUUUAAAUCUGAAAGAACGUGAUUGGAAAACACUGGAAUUUUACAGAAAACAUCAAGAUCAAAUGACGCCUGCUGGUUUAGCAUUUUUUCAAUCAGAUUGGGAUUCCUCCCUCAAAGAAUUCUAUUACAAUACGUUAAAUACAAAAAUGCCAAUAUUUCGGUAUAAUUUUCCUAAACCAUACAUUAGAAAACAAAAGUGGUUUCCUUUAAAACAACCUUUCAAUCUCUAUUUGGACAAAUACCGUGAUCCCAAACAGAUAACUAAGGAGUUUUUAUUGAGAAAAUUGAAGAAAGUUCAUCCUUUUAAUGGACCAGAGCCACCGCUGAAAUACCCAUUGAUUCUUCGAUCUAGUAAAUACAAGCCUUCUUGGUUGAAAUUCGAGAUAACAAAGAAGAGAAAGGGACAAGGUCGUGUUAACGAUCUCAAUGAAUACUAGUUAAUACAAAAUGAUGUGCCUCUAUAAUUUGCCUGCUACGAAGUUUGAUGUCUGUCCGCGUCGGAAUAGUGACAUCAACUGUCUCAUGUUCAACCAAUAGUCCUAUAAAAUCGUGUCAUUUAUAUAAAAUCCAUCAUUAAGAGAUUAUUGGUAUGUUAGAUAAAAAUGUGUAAAAUAUAUAUAU